UAGUGUGUGUUUGUCGUACAGCGUGUAAUCAUCGGUCAUACAUUACGGAUAUAUAUUGCAUGGCAACUAGAGUACGAAAAAGGAUGUAGUGUGCGUUCCGAGUACAACAAAAGACCGACCCCAGUCGGAUAUUUACGUCCACUUCGGAGUUAGCGAUGUGACUCGGUAUAUAUUUACCUGCGGAUUAAAAAACAAAAAAACAACUAUUGAAAUCUUGAUGACACGGACAUGUCUUAUGCUCAAACACCAGAACCAGUCUGGCAAAGUGUCUUUUUUGAGAAAUGAAACCAUGGGAUUCGUCACCGGGACUCGACGUAAUGGCGUGGUUCUGCCCCUCCUCCUCCUCCCCGGCGUGGCUCAGGUGAGACAUGGCGCAAUAUGAGCUGCAUCCGAAUCGCGUGCAGCUGGUUCAGCGACCAAGCAUGGAGUCGUACAUGGUGCGCAUCUACACUGGUCCCCUGAGCCAAGAGAGUGAGUUCAUAUCUGUCGAGGCCGAGAAGACUUCGUCCGCCAUCGAGAUCGUGCGUGCCGCCGUCAGGAAGCUUAGGCUGGGACACCCGGACAAUUUCGAAAUUGCCGAAGUUUUCUCUUCCGCUGGGCAGCUCUGCAAAGAGCGGAGGCUGGAGCCGAUGGAGAAUCCGGUACGAGUUCAACUACUAUGGCCGAAGGUCAUCAAUGCGGAGAUCGACACGGGGCAGGGUCUCCUCACGGGAUACCGGUUCUACAUCCGGAAGAAAGACCCGGAUGCCACACGUUCAUCCGGUUGGGUGGAGUGUAAGGAUGCCAGCAUCGUCGACACGUUUCUGAUGUCGUUUCUCAGACAUCCGCUCGGUUCGAAGGAGUACCCGGAUCUGUGCAACCUGCCCGACCUGAACGAAAUAACGCUGUUGGAGAACCUCAAACUGAGGUUUGCCAGUUCGAACAUCUAUACGUACGUCGGAUCGAUUCUGAUAGCAGUGAACCCGUUCAAAUUCUUCCCCAUCUACAACCCGAAGUAUGUGAAGAUGUACCAGAACAAGCGGCUCGGGGAGCUGCCCCCGCACAUCUUCGCCAUAGCUGACGCGGCGUAUUACACGAUGCUGCGGACUAAACAGAACCAGUGCAUCGUGAUAUCGGGAGAGUCGGGUUCGGGGAAGACAGAGAGCACCAAUCUGUUACUCCAUCACCUGACUGCACUCAGUCACAAGGGGCUGCACGGGAGCGGGGUCGAACAGACCAUUUUAGGGGCCGGACCUGUCCUGGAGGCUUUUGGCAAUGCUAAAACUGUUCACAACAACAACUCGAGUAGAUUUGGAAAAUUUAUCCAGGUCAACUACAAAGAAAAUGGAAUGGUACACGGUGCUAUUGUUGAAAAAUAUCUCUUAGAAAAAUCACGAAUAGUAUCACAAGCCAAAAAUGAAAGAAACUACCACGUUUUUUACUACCUGCUGGCGGGCUCCGAUGCUGCUCAGAAAGAAAGUUUACAUCUCGGGAAAGCCGAGGAUUAUCAAUAUCUCUGCCAGAGUGACUGCUAUGGGGUGGAAGGCGUGGACGAGAAUCACGAGUUUGCUCGACUCAGACAGUCCAUGGAAAUGGUCGGCUUCUCACAGGAGACACAGAGGAGGAUAUUUUCUGUUUUAUCAGCAGUACUUCACUUGGGCAAUGUUGAUUUUAGAAGGAGAGAACAGCAUCAUGAUGAAUCGGUGACAGUGAAGAAUGAAGCUACAGUUCAGAUCAUUUCACAGCUACUUAAGGUAAAAGAGAGAACUCUGCUGGAGGCUCUAACCUCCAAGAAGACGGUCGCUGGAGAUGAAACAGUCGUCAUUAACUACAAGAUGGAUGAUGCAAUAGCGACCCGAGAUGCGAUGGCCAAGUGUUUGUACGGGUCGCUGUUUGACUGGAUCGUCCUCAAAGUGAACCAGGCGCUGUUAGCCAAGAAACACAACAGUGAACACCAGGGCAAUUCUAUUGGUGUCUUGGAUAUCUUUGGCUUUGAGGACUUUGGCAGCAACAGUUUUGAGCAGUUCUGUAUCAACUUUGCCAAUGAGCACCUACAGUAUUACUUCAAUCAGCAUAUCUUCAAGUUUGAGCAGGAGGAGUACCAGAGGGAGGGGAUUCAGUGGAAGAACAUCGAGUUCAUCGACAACACAGGCUGUUUGGAACUCUUCUCAAAGAAGGCCAACGGUCUUUUCGCCCUCCUCGAUGAAGAGUGCAAUUUCCCCGGCGCGACGAACGAGACGAUGUUGACGAAGUUCACUCAUCACCACAAAGGCAACCCGUACUACCGAGUGCCGACGCGCAAAGAGGAGUCAUUUGAAAUUGUCCACUAUGCAGGGCCCGUCAAGUACCACAUCAAGGAUUUCAGAGAAAAGAAUUCUGACCUGAUACGGUCCGACAUUGUUGGUGUUCUGAAGAAAAGCAAUUUUUCAUUUGUCCGAGAGCUUGUGGGGAUCGAUCCGGUGGCUGUGCUACGUUGGUCAGUGGUCAGAGCAUUCUUCCGCUGUUUCUUUGCUUUCAUUGGUGCUGGUAAAAGUUACAGGAAACGUGGAGGUUCAGAAAACAAACCCCCACAACAGAAGCGUCUUUCCGAUUCCCAGCUACAAGAUGCUGCCUACACCGACAACCUGCUCAGCGAUGCACAUUGCACUGACGGUGUUCCGAGGCCGAGUACUCUGUCUCCCAUGCAUGAGCGUCAACUCACCGCAUGUGGCAUCGACCACGCCGUCGCUAGUGACGAUGACUGUGUAUACAUAAAGCGGCAUGGCAUGCAGGAGGCUCGCAUUUUGGAGUCGCAUUUUAAUGCCGUCGACACAAAAGUGAUUCGAAAAGCCAGAAAACUACUUAAAAAAAGCAAGUCUUUCAAGCCAAAGCCAAGACCGUCCCUGAGUUUCCGAGACAUCAAGACUCUGAAGGCGAUUGCCAACAGAACGAUGCUCAAUGUGGGCGGCAGUCGACACGGGUCCAAGAAACAGUCGCCCAGUGUUGGUGCUCAGUUUCAGUGGUCACUAUCUCGUCUGAUGAAAGCAUUAAAUCAAGCCAAUCCUUUCUUCAUCCGGUGUAUCAAGUCGAAUGUUGACAAGGCUGCAUGUGUGUUCAACGAUGAUCUGGUUUUACAACAGCUGCGGUACACAGGGAUGUUAGCCACCGUUGAGAUCCGACAGUCAGGAUACAACUACAGGCUGAGGUUUGAGGAGUUUAUUCAGCAGUACAAGAUUCUGUUACCUAAAGGUCUGCUCAGUUCAAAGGAAGAUGUCAAACUGUUCUUAGACAAGAUGGCCCUCAACCAAGAAAACUACCAGAUUGGAAUCAACAAGCUGUUCCUACGAGAAAGUGAGAAAAUCCUCCUGGAUGAGGCGCUACACCGUGCAAUAAUGGAGCGAGUUAUUAAAAUACAGCGCUGGGCAAAAACCAUUCUGGAACGACAGAACUUUAUUCGUCUACUGUCUGCUGUUCUUACACUCCAAAAAUAUAUCCGACGAUUCAUUGCUCAGCGUACACUGACUAAACUGCGUGAAGAGCGUGCCGCGCUUGUUAUACAGACUUGGUACCGAGCACGGUCAGUGCAGCGGCAGUACCGACGCUACCGUGCCAAGGUCAUUCUUGUACAGACGGCAUGUCGUGGACAUCUCGCCAGGAAGAGGUUCUGCCAGAUGGUAGCUGCCCGUCAGAGUCGGGAGGAGGAACGGGUGCGGCUGAAGCAGGGGGAGGACAUGCAGUCGUCGAUGAGCGACGAGGGGGUGCUCAUCAAGGAGUCGAGCGCCGAGGAACUGGAGCGCGACAUUCUUCACGUGCAGAGGAGGGACUCGGAGGAGAGCAGUGGCAUUCUGGAGGACUCUGAGUCAGAGACGAUGUUAACGAACAAUAAGGGUCAGGUCGACUCCAUGACAACACCCCCAGUCACGCCCACCAGCACGGGCUCAGGCUACAACUUCAUCCCCAUGGAGAAGGAAGAAAGUCUUGAUUCUAACAAAAACUCUGGGAGGGUCCAUGAAUUGGCAAAAGCAUUCCAAACACCAGAGAAGGAUGAGACGGACGGACGAGAAGUGUUUAUACGACGAGGAUCACAAAAAUGGAAGCUUCAAAAAGCAUCACCCGCUCCACUGGCUACGCAGGAAUCGUUUUCCGACCUGGACUCGCAACCGGCCACACCUGAGAAUUUGGACCAUGUGUUCCCGAGUCCGGACAAGAUACAAGCCAUCGAGGACGCCGUGUCGAAGAGUCGGGAUCGGCUAACUCGCCAGUCGUCGGACAGCACGGUGAACAUUCCGCCAGAGGGUCAACAUCGUAGUGCAUUCGGACACGCCAUGAAACACUUCAAGAGUGUUGUUAUAGUCCUUGAAGAAUGUGGUCGAAGGAAAAAAGAUAGCGAUGAGGAAAUGGAAGAAAGUGGAUCCCCAUCCAGGUCAUCACCACAGAAACGACCUCAAGACCUUGGUGUACCGGUACUACCACCGUAUCCAAGCGUGGAGCCCCCAGACUCCCCGGUGACUCCGCCCAUACACAAGAAGGAGCACCAUGUGGUUCCGGGGGGCGAGCCGCUCAAACAACGGAAUGGCAAAUUGAAGAAGAAACGCACACGUGCCAGACAGAAAGCAAGCGAGCCGCCAGCCAUCAUCCGCAACUGGAAUGUGGCCGGCAUGUCACAGUGGCAGUACCCUGCGGAGCUGUGUAUCACGGACAUCUCCGAACUGAGUGCUCUAGACGAGUUCAUUGCUAAGAAGCAAGAAGAGCUGUAUGGUAAGGACGAAGGAAAGAGAUCGACGGUGUUUGAAACGAUCUUCCGUAGCUCAAUAGAAUCUUUCCGCAAGGAACUCAAGUCUUCCAUGGCUGUGGAAAUGCAGAAAGAAACAGUUUGUGUUCGGUACCGUGACCUCCUGGCGAAUUUUGAGCAUACCAUGUCAGCAGAGGUGAAAGGUGAAAGGACGAAUGCUGUACUUCCUAUAACACUGGGAAUCAAUGCAUUUCGGGGCUUCCUCGAUGAGUUCAUGAAAAGUCAGGAUGUGCGGAGAAAAGUCAAGAAAGUCCAGAACAAACCAGUUAAACGAGACAAACACAAAAAGGAUGCCAUUAUAGAACAUCUAGGUCACAAGUUUUUCCAGGUCCAGUUCAACAUUCCGACUUUCUGUGAAUACUGCUCAUCCCUCAUCUGGAUCAUGGAGAAAGGUCAAGUGUGUCAAGUUUGUAAAUAUACAUGUCAUAAAAAGUGCUGUGCCAAGUCUACUUCAGUGUGCAAGGGAAUUCCAGAUCACCAGUGGGCACUGUUGAUGUUGCAGGGUGGAGGACCGUUCCAUGUGUUCGGCGCACCACUACAGACCCAGAUAACCGAGCGCUGCAAGGUUCCCGAGAUCGCAGAGAGGCUCGUCGCGGCCAUCGAACUCCACGGGAUGUUCACCGAGGGGCUGUACAGGAAAUCGGGGGCAGCGCCCAAGGUCCGGCACUUGAAGGAGCUUGUAGAAAAAGAUAUUCACACAGUAGAUUUUGAAGAAUAUCCCAUUCAUGUGCUCACGUCAACACUAAAAUGUUACUUCCGUGAGCUUCCAGAACCUCUUUUGACCUUUGACCUCUACGAUGACUUCUUACGAGCAUCAGAAAUUAAAGAUUAUAAGGAAAAAGUACAGUCACUGUUUGCUACAAUAGAACGGCUUCCAAAAAUCAACUACGAUCUGUUUGAAAGAUUAAUCUUCCAUUUAGCAAGAGUGGCCAUGCAUGAACAGAGUAACAAGAUGACAGCGAAUGGCCUGGCCAUCAUCUUCUCCCCCUGUCUACUACGCAGCAGCAAGAAGCUACAAGCUCAGGAAUCACUCGACCAAAUACCAAGACAGACUGGCUGUAUGGAGUGUAUACUGAAUGAGCAGAUAGAGAAGAUCAAGUCCACGUUGGCCGAUAUCAACACGCUCGAAUCAGCCGAGAAGACUGCGUCGGCCCGGCUGUCAUUUGUCCGAGCCAGUAUACGAGGGUCGAAGACUCGCCCGUUGUCGGUGCACCCCCCAGUAUCUCCAGUUCCAGUGAAGGAAGUGGAGAACGAAGAUGACACGGAUCUCAUGGAGGAAGAACGGGUUUUGUCAGCUCACAUCGCAUCCAUACACAAAGAAAGGGAUAAACUAACGUCGGAGUUACCUGUUCUCGAGCCGCGACAUGCGAGUUCUGACGAGGAAUUGUUGACAGGUGACGAGUGCGAGAGUUCAUUGGACCCCACGGAUGAUUACGAUCAAAAUGAGGAAUACGCCUCCACAUUCGAUCAACCAGCAAUUCCUCCAUCACUUCAACACCUGAAUAAACGAAGGACGUCUAUGCCUUGGAAGCACGCUCCUAGAAAGUACUCGUUGGCAAUCGAACGGGAGCGUUCAAGAAAACAGUCACUGAAAUAUGUUGUGCAUGACACAAUUGAGCAGAUGGAUGUUCCUAUCAUUACGAUACAAAAACCGGACUUUAGUGGUUCGUUUACAGACUCCAUGAUUCUUGAGUCUAGUUACGUUUCUAUUCCUGGACUAAAGGACGAGGAUGAUGAGAUCAUGGUCUGACGAGGGCCUUCUCUCUCUCUCUCUCUCUCUCUCUCUCUCUCUCUCUCUCUCUCUCUCUCUCUCUCUCUCUCUCUCUCUCUCUCUCUCUCUCUCUCUCUCUCUCUCUCUCUCUCUCUCUCUCUCUCGCCGUGAGCUGUUGUAUCAAACAUUGCCAUUGGCAGACAGACUGGAACAGAAUUCAAAAAGUGUUUUCAGCCUGCUGAUUGGAUCAAAAUAUGCAAUACAAAGUUUUAAGGAUUUCAUGUUUUAACAGAGAUUGUCGUAUGUUUCAGAGAUUGGAUGUUUUUUUAAAAAGAGAUUGGAUACUUCUACUGUUUAAAUUUUCAACGUGUAGAUGUUUUGGGAUGUUACGUAGUUGAAGUCAGUGGCAUGCCCUUUUUUACGAAGCGAUCUUAGAACUACGAUUACCUUAAGUGCAUAGCUACCUUGUUUGCUUAAGAUAGCUUCGUAAAACGGAGUUCAGGAGGGCAAGUGCUCACAGUUGCUCAUUAGACUGGUUUUCACACCUAAUAUUAAAUGAAUGUGAUGUGACAGAAGACUAAUGGUACCAGUCAAAUAGUAUGUGUGUGUUCGGCCUCCUGGACAUGCCAUGGAUGUGUACUUGGAGCUUUAUUCAUGUGAUAUGACUGCCUUACAAUUGUAGCUCAGCCCACUGUGUAGAAUGUGUAAUUAUAUGAACUAAUAUUACAUUAGACUGAUCCGGUGGCUUAGCGAUGUCAAUGUUGAGGGACAUAUUUUAACCUAGGUGCUGGAUGUGAAAGUGGUAGAGUAGAGUAGAGUAGAGUCUAGACUCAAGAGUCUAAUAAAGUCUGAAAGGGGGUAGAGCAGACAUCAGGCCUCAUACUUAUAAAGCGUUUAUAGUGUAGACUCAAAUGUCUAAUGAAGUCUGAGACUUAAAGGUCAUGGCAAUUGCAUGCAUGUUAUGUCAUUAGGGAUUCAAGUUUAAUGAACACGAGGCCAGGGUCCAGAUUUUUUAAGCUACGAUGUUGUAAAACCGUCAUAAGCUAUGAUGUCACUAUGGCAUGUUUUGUAACACUAAGAUAGUUUUGAAAAUCUGGGAGGUUUUGGGGGUUCAAGAGAUGGGGCCAUUGCGGUAUGUUUUGCCCAUCCUCACAUACAUCCCACCCCCACAUACAUCCCACCCCCACAUAUAUCCCACCCCCACAAGAAACUGUUGCCAUAUCACUGAUAUGGUUGGUGCUCUAUAGGGGUGGGGGUGUUAAUGUUAAUAUUCUGCAUUUUUAACCGAGAUCACGGUUCCACAACACUUCGAUUAAGAAGGCUCAGAUUCGGAUUCACAAGUGUGUGUGUGUGUGCAGAAAGGAGGGCUUGCAUGGUGGAUAAAACACCCCCUCUCCCCAAGAAAAUGUUCUCUUUUUUAAUGUUUUUUUCUGGGGGAGCAUGACCAGACCCUCCUAAAAAAAUUCACUUACCAAAGUCUAGACCCCCUGCACAAUUUCCUGUACACAUGUCUGAUUCACAACUUUUAACGCUUCAGUUAUGAUGUGGUCAAACUUAACAUUGUUAACUUUUAACGUUGUAAUUAGGAGGGGUUCAGACUAAGAUUCUCAACAAGCAAUAUUACCUGUUAUAGUUUUGUAAUUUGUUGUUGUUGAUUUGUUCCAAGAGCAGUGAUACAUAUAAUAUACGUCCAUGUAUGUUAGGGAUAUGUAAACAAGGUGUUUGUUAAGAAAGUGUUACAGUUAUAUAUAACUGUAAAUAUAUAUAUUUUGUAAUAGUAAA